UGUUUUAUUCAGCAAAUCGGAAAGGAUAAAAGGAAACUUAAAUGAUAACCAAGUAACGAGCUAAUGUACUACUAAAUCUAUCCAGACUACGGAAAGAAGAGGAGCAGAGGUCUAUUUCUGAAGCAUCGAUCAGAGAAUCUGAGGACCCAUCACCAUGGCCGCCCGUUCUUCGUCUCAGCAAACCUACAUUGAUGAAUUUAACCCCAAGGAUUUCUUACAUUCAUACUACGUGGCCAGGGAAGGAGUGCAUUUUAGAGAAUGGAUCGAUUUUGCAUUACAAAAUCUACAUGAAACUUUCACUAAAGGUGGAGUAAGAGGAGAUACUCUGCUUGAUUUUGGCACCGGAGCCUCCAUUUAUCACCUCCUCUCAGCCUGUGAAGUGUUUGAUAAAAUCAUUGUUUCAGAUUUACUCGAGCAAAACCGCGCUGAAUUUCAAAAAUGGCUGAACAAGGAUCCAGAUGCUUUUGACUGGACUCCCAUCAUCAAACGUGUAUGUGAGCUGGAGGGAAACAGGGAGGAUUCUGAGAAAAAGGCUGAGAAACUCCGCAGUAAGGUCACACAAGUCAUGAAAUGUGAUGCUUUGAAAAGAAACCCUUAUGACCCUGUCAUUGUGCCACCCGCUGAUUGUCUCCUGGUAUGCCUCUGCCUUGAAACCCCAUGUAAAGAUAUGAAGUCAUACUGUAAUGUUGUAAAAAAUUUCAAGGACUUGCUAAAACCUGAAGGUCAAAUUUUAACCUUGGGUACGCUAAAUGGUACUUAUUAUCACGCUGGUAAAAAGCGCUUUAGUCUACUGAGCUCAAAAAAGGAAGAGCUGGAGAUGGCGUUUAAAGAAGCUGGUUACAUUAUUGAAAAAGCUGUGUAUACCCCUCGUGCUGAUAAAUCAAAGAUAGAUGUUACUGAUUAUGAAGGUCACUAUUUUAUUCACGCUCAUAAACCAAAGUAAGCCCAAAUUCUUCAGUCACCAUUUUUUUGAAAAUACCACAAAAUGUCUGCAUGCUUUAGCUUUUAAACAUUGAGACUGGAUUAAAUCUACAAACUCAAA